AAAUUAUUUUUUCAAAUUAUGAAUUAUUUAUAUUAAAUGGAGUCUAUGGGGGACAGGGUAAUUCAUUUCUUUCUGGAUGAUGGGUUUCUGGAUAACUGAUCCCAUACCUGGAAACAAAAUUGUAUAUGUAAGAACAAAUAUUAGCAUUUUGCAAUAUAGUAUUCUUCAUUAGGUAGUUGUUAUGAAUUUUAAUUGCAAAACACAAAUUACAGGUGGGUGCCAAAAGUUAAGUUCUUCUCAGCAAGCAUCGUGGAAUGAUCCUUUUCAUGCUUCUUCAUACUUUGCGUGGGUGUGCAUGCACAGUAGAGUGAAAACUUCUACAAAAAAUCCAGCCUUUUCACUUUACUGAACAUUUAUCAGGCCUGGGGUAGCGAAUAAAGCGGAAGAGAAUGUUGGCUCCGCUACUUAGUCUUAUUUUUUUUUUCCUUCCCGAUUCUGCGGAGGCGGAAACUGUACGUGUCACUGCAGUUUUGCUGAGCUACAGAAGAAAUCGGAUUAAUUUCUCUCAAACUGCAAAAAAAACCAAAAAAACCCUGCAGACUAAGAGCGGCCUUGCCAAUGCGCCAUGUGCCCGCAGCCUUAGGCCCACUUGAAGCUGGAGGUUUUUUUUUUAACGCAAAAAUAAGGACUUUUCAGUAAGAAGUACUGCACAUACUACACAAUCAUUUUUAGCAUUGUGUUUAAUCAAUUUGAUUGAAGCAUUCAUUUGCUUUAAUUUUGUCUCUAAAUUUGUUUGUUUUAUAGGCACACAAAAAAGAUUCAAUAGUGGUGAUUCAUGCUCUGACCACAUAUGUACUAUGGAUUGCAAAGUACUCAUUGCAGAUUAUUUUUAUGGUUGUCCUUCAACCCCUAUCUCUGCACCUACAACCUCCUCUUUACACGUCUCAUCUGAUACUGCACCUAAGCCUACACCUGGUAUCUGCACCCUAGAUCCCCCACGCAAAUAUAAUGAAACAUGGAUGCUGUGUAACUGCAUGAUGGCCAGAUGCAUAGAAAACAAUUUAAUAGAAAUCACCACCAAACAUUGUGACCCCCCAUCUGAUAUCACUUGCACCAAUGAACUUCCACCAUUAAAUGUAACUGAUAAAGAUGGCUGCUGUUGGCAUUGGGAGUGUCCUUGUGAGUGCAAGGGCUUUGGUGACCCUCACUAUGUAACAUUUGAUGGAACUGCCUAUGAUUUCCAAGGUGAAUGUACCUACGUCUUAGUAGAAGAGAUCAAUAAAGAAAUACAGAACUUUGGUAUCUAUGCAGACAACUAUAACUGUGGAGAUGAUGUUUCUUGCACACGUAAUCUCAUAAUUCAUUAUACAUCAAUGAAAAUUGAGAUUGGGCCUGAAAGCUUCAAGUCUUCUCCUUUACAGGUGAUGGUAAACAGAGAUAUUGUGGGGAUUCCCUAUAAGAAAAAUGAUGUGGAAAUUUCCAGUUCUGGCAAAGGUUAUGUGGUAGAGUUAAUCCCAUUGGCUGUCAAAAUAAAAUUUGAGGAUGAACACUUUAUUAUUAGCCUGCCUUAUGGCCGCUUCAAAAGUAACACACAGGGACUGUGUGGUAUUUGUAGCAACAAUCAAGCUGACGAUUGCAUGCUGAGAAAUGGUACAGUCAUAGAUGACUGUGCACUAAUGGCUGCCUCUUGGAUUGUUCCUAAUACAAACAGGCCUAAAUGCCCUAGCACAAAGACAACAACAACAUAUACACCUGUAGCAACAUGCUUUCCUUCAUCUCUGUGUGAACUCAUCAUUGGACCAACGUUCAAGGAGUGCAAUCUUGUAUUAACCCCAGACAUUUAUUACCAAGCCUGCAUAUUUGACAGCUGCCAUGUGCCAGACUCUAAUAUUGAAUGUAAAACAAUACAGAUGUAUGCUUCACUUUGUCUGGAUCAGAGUAUUUGUAUUGACUGGAGGAGCAAAGCACCAGCUUGUAAUAUGACAUGUCCUCCAGAGAAAGUCUAUCUUCCUUGUGGUCCAUCUGUAACACCAACCUGCCAAACUAUGCCAGACGAAGACGAACUAAUUAUAAAUGGAAGGCAUUUGGCAGAAGGAUGCUAUUGUCCUUAUGGCACAAAGCCCUUUAGCUCAACCAUUGAUGUUUGUGUUGAAGACUGUGGAUGUAUUGGGCCAGACAACAUACCCAGACAGUUUGGAGAGAGAUUUGAAUUUAACUGUAAAGAUUGCAUCUGUCGGGAAGGUGGCAUUGGAAUUUUUUGUAAUGAGAAAAUAUGCCCUGAGAAGAUAGUUGAAGUUUGUGAUCUGGAAGGUUUUUAUCCUGUUACACAAGCUAGACCUGACAAUCCAUGCUGUAAAGAGACCAUCUGCAUGUGCAACACAAGCAGAUGCACAGACACGUUACCUAAAUGUGAUCUUGGAUAUGAAGUUGCAGGUGGAUAUGUUAAUGGAAGCUGUUGUCCUGUUUAUGAAUGUGUUCCUAAACAGGUGUGUGUUUAUAGAAAUGCUGAAUACCUGCUUGGAUCAUCAGUUUUCUCAGACCCUGAGAAUUGCCAGGUCUGUAUAUGUUCAAAGGAUGAAACUUACAGCCAAGGCUUAUUUAUAUCAUGCUUCCCUCAAUCAUGUGACAUAGACUGUCCAAUUGGUUUUAGGUUGAAGCAAAUGCCAGGGCAGUGUUGUGGAGUAUGCGAACAGACCGAUUGUGUUGUGAUAAGUGGAGAUUCUGUCAGCCUCUUAAAACCUGGGGACAUUAUGCCCUUGAAAAAUGAUAACUGCACGGUGUACAAAUGCAUGAAAGAAGAUGAUCGAUUAAUUCACUUGGUCUACAAAAUUACUUGCCCACUCUUUUUUGAAGAAGAUUGUGAGCCUGGAACUAUUCAUCUUGAUGAGAGUGAUUGUUGUAAACUAUGUAUUCCACAAGAGCACUCUUGCAAAUUACAAAAAUACAAAGAUUAUCUAAGUUAUGAUAACUGUAGAUCAGCUGAGAAAAUUGAGCUGUCUCGUUGUAAAGGUUCUUGUGAAGCUUAUUCUAUGUUCUCACCUCUUUCCAGAAGCAUUGCACAUCAAUGUAGCUGCUGCAAAGAACAGAAGACCACAAAGAAAUUUGUAUACCUUGAUUGUCCUGAUGGAACUAGUGUUAAAUUUCGAUAUGUUGACGUUGAUAAAUGCAAAUGUGUGGAAACAAAUUGUGAUCAACUUAAAUAAGUUCUGAAUAUGUUUCUCAGAAGAAGAAAAAAAAUUAAACCAGCUUUAUUAUAUGCAUUAAAAUACACAAAUGAGAUUAUAAAAACACAAAUUACUUACAAUAGUUUAGAAUAGAGACAAACAUUUGGCA